AUUUCUUUCAGACAUUCCGACCGACAACAAUAUAUAAUCACGGUCCGGCAUACCCCAUCUCGCCGGAAAUUUACUAUAUAGUGUUCCCCUUGUCGUCGUCUCCAUGGAAAUCGACGGAUUUCUCUAUGAAACGCUGUCCCCUCUAUCAACCACCGGCGUGUCCAUUCCCGCAACCCCACCGCCACCUGAUCCCGUAUCCUCCGGUGACUCCGAACCAAACCUUGUGCUGCGCAAUUAUAUACCUAUAUCUUCGAAUGAUACGCCCUUGCCGGAAACUACUGCUCCGGAUUUCUUCUCUCUCGAUGUUGAUGCCGAUGACGACGAUUGGAGAACUCCGACGCCGCCGCUCAAACGUUCGCGAUUGGCCACUCCUUUGGCGGAUGAAGAACCGAAGAGAAGCCUUGAAGCUGGUUGGUUUCGUGGUAAUUGUCGGUUUAAGAGCCCCAUGCUUCAGCUUCACAAAGAGAUAUUGGAUUUCUGUGACUUCCUCUCUCCAACUUCUGAGGAGCAAGUGUCACGUAACACAGCUGUUGAGGGUGUUUCAGAUGUUAUAAAGUAUAUCUGGCCUAAGUGCAAGGUAGAAGUUUUUGGUUCGUUCAAAACCGGUCUGUUCCUGCCAAGUAGCGAUGUGGAUAUGGUGAUACUAGAAUCAAAUAUUCGAACUCCUCAGAUGGGUUUGCAUGCUCUCUCUAGAGCUUUAUCACAAAAAGGUGUUGCAAAAAAGAUUCAGGUGAUUGCCAAGGCCCGUGUGCCAAUCAUUAAAUUCGUGGAGAAAAGAAGUGGCAUCUCAUUUGAUGUAAGUUUUGAUAUGGAAAAUGGACCAAAAGCUGCUGAAUAUAUACAGGACGCUAUUUCUAAAUGGCCCCCUUUAAGGCCGCUGUGUCUGAUCUUGAAAGUUUUUCUGCAACAACGGGAGUUAAACGAGGUGUAUUCUGGUGGGAUUGGAUCAUAUGCGCUUCUAGCUAUGUUAAUAGCAAUGCUGCGGAAUUCACUCGAUUCUCAGGUUUAUCCAGAGCAUAAUCUUGGAGUCCUCCUGGUAACUUUUUUUGAUAUGUAUGGGCGUAAGUUGAAUACUUCUGAUGUCGGCAUAUCUUGCAAUGAUGGAGGCACCUUCUUCUCUAAGAAGAGCAAAGGGUUCUUAAAUGCAAACAGGCGGUCGCUAAUUUCCAUCCAGGAUCCCCAGGCUCCGGAGAAUGAUAUAGGAAAAAAUUCUUUCAACUAUUUCCAGAUCAAAUCUGCGUUUGGCUUGGCAUGCUCAACGCUUACAAACACAAAACUGAUCAUGAGUCUAGACCCUAACCGGAGUAUCCUUGGGACCAUUAUAAGACCCGAUAAGGUGUUAUUGGAGCGAAAAGGAGGUUUGAAUGGUGAUGUGACCUUCACCAACCUACUUCCCGGGGCAGGAGAGCCGUUGCAGAAAGACUUUGGCGAACACGAGGGACUUUUCUGUAAUUGGAACCUUGACGACGAAGAAGAACCGUUGCCACGUGGGAAGGAGAUCGUUGGUGCAGAUGACGGUGGUGGUGCUAUGGAGUCAGGAAAGAAGAAGAAGAAGAAAGCGUUGAAGGUGAAGAAGACCCUGAAACUUAAAAAGAUGAAGAAAGUCACCAUCAAGAAAAGAAAAAGAACGGCAUCCGAAGGCGAAAGCUGAUGGUUUUCGUCAACAGAGAUGCGUUCAUCGACUUCUGCAAGCGGAAAUACCACCGAAACCGAAAUCUUUGGCACCAUUUUGAAGAUGGGGUGCCUGCCCUAAAUGGGGUUCAUUCAUACACUUGAGUUGUUGUCAUUUUUUAUAUUCUAGGUUUAUGAUACUUGUAGACAAUAUCAAUAGAUGCAUUGGUAAUUAUUUCGUUUUGUGGUUAGAUUUAAGGUUUAUUUGUAUUCGUACAAGAACAAAAAUAUGCGAUUUCCGACAUUCGAUAGUUUUUCGGAUUUGGCAAUUCGGUUU